AGAAGUAGAAGGGCACAGUUUUUAUUCAUGUAGCGUCAGACGAGGUCGAGGAUCUACGUCAACUUCAUCUUGGAAGAUUGAGACUCCAAGUACAACGUCAUCAAAUAUAUAGAUACAUAGAGUUCAAAUGUCGAGCCCAGGAGCCGCACGACGGCAGGUCGAUGAAUUCGCACAGACAAUGCGCACAAUCAAAGUGCAAAACCUGUCCGCGCUGCGUAUUGAAAAACGUAUCGACACGACGAAGGUGCGCAAGGUCCAACACCUGUCGACGCUGGGGAUCAUCGGAGAUUUUUUUGACAGCAGUCAAAAGCUUCCGCCACUGCACAGGGUCAAAUGGCUGGUGGUCGACGAUGCAGCCGCAUUGAGCGAUGACGAGCCAGCUUUUCUCGAGCCGGAGAGUGAAAUUCCUGAUGUUGAUCGUUUUGUGUUUCAGUUUGUAAUUACCGCGGAAGUCGGUGGGAUAACGCAUGAGGAUGUGCAGCGUCGACCCAACGAGAACUACUACAAGUAUCUGUGCCGCCUAGUUUUUGGGCGCCCGAGGUACUACGGCGGCGAGACCGAGACACAAGGAGAAGGACGAGGUACUGAUGAGAGAGCGUUUUUCGAUCAUGUGGACAUGGACUUUGAUGCUCGCCAACAUACUGCAACCGCUUUGGUUUUGUUGCUCCUUAUGUUUUUUGAUCAUAGAUUAUGACUUCGUCUUUGUUUUCAUAAAUUGCAAUUGUUUUUCGAUGAAUAUGUACACCCUGACCCUUUAUUUUGCGGCCACGAAGACGAGGGGGAGGGUGAUAAGUAAUUAAAAUAUGAGUUCUUGUCUGGUCAGACGACACAGAUGUAGACCCAUAGCAUACGUCGACCAGAGGUUUUGUUGUGUACCAUCUCCGCCACCAAAAAAUUGAAAGUGAUACUAUCACUUUAUUAAAGAAAAAUAUAUGUGUUGCAUUUGCAGGUGGUAACGGUGAAUCCUUGCCCUUGCGAUCUCUGACACUCCAGCAAUCACGGAGUUUGUUGUACGACGGUGUCUUCAUCGCGCUGCCCGACGAGAUCAAGGGACUAUGUGUGCCCUGUGAUAGUAAUCCUUCGCAAGGAGACAAGCGGGACUCGCUGCUUUCUCAGGGUUCUACUUUGCGCCGGACGGGAAAGAAGUAUUGUUUGGACGUGUUUGGUUACGGCGAACCCGUAGAGCGCUGGGAUUGCUUCUGGAGCCUGAUUCACGCCGUUUGGGAACUACCUGCAUCGGAGUGGCUCAAGUACGAACGCGAAAGCGGGGGCACGUGCUUCAGUAUUCACCGCCAUCGCGAACCCUUCGCCAGGGAGCUGUUUGACGACCUCAUGUACUUCAAGCCGGAUUUAUUCGACAUGGCGCUCCCGGGAGACACCGAGCAACGCGUUCCAAGCGUGGAGCAGGACGACCGCAUGUGCGUCGCUGUCGUGGAAGCGGCAAAUCUGACCAUUCCAGAAUACGGCGCCUGGGUGAAAAGCCGCGUUUUUCUCGAGGAUGAGCCGGUUGGGUGCUUCGGACUUUUUAGUGUAUGGAAGGAAGGAUUCGAUCUUCCGCGAGAUACCCUCAUGCCGCACCACAAAGGUAAGUAGCAAGUGACUACCUAGUAUAGAGGGUUCUUGCUUUUCCUCUUUGUAGCCUCACGCCAAUUUAACUGAUGUUGUAAAAUCAAACACGUGGCUCUUGUGAGCGCCAAUUUUCUUAAGUGUCGUGUCUGUGAGUGUUACUGCUACUGAUGACACCACGGGGCACAACUUGGACCUCAAGAAUUAUUGUAGUGGAAUAGUAACAAGAACAACAUACAAAUAAAAGAAUCAAAAAAUUCAAAUCGACGCAAUCUAAUAGUAAUAUCAAUGACUGCCAACACGACAUACACAACGCUCACCACAGGUCAUGUCAAGGUGAUCGUCGCGGACAUUCUGCGGAAGCGGGAUGUACUGAACGAAAACGCGGAACAAGGGGGAGCUGCAGCUGGUGACAGCGCGCUCCACAACUUCUGCGACACCAUUACGCACAAACUUUUCCGUGUGAAGGACAUGGCAACCACACUGCAACUCAAAACGCGUUUUGUGCAGCCAAGGGUCACGGAGGAGUUUGGGCUGAUCGACGGUUUUCUCAUUCGCGGCACGACGAACGAAACCAAGGACGUUCUGCAAGAGGUGGCCCGCAUCAUCCGGGGAAUAAAAACACGACUGCAGCGCGAUUUUCGUCAUAUUGCGGACGAUCUCCAGCUUUUUCGGGACGAAUUUGUGAAGCGCGAUUUCGAUUGCACUGCCUUGUUCGCAGAAACCAUCGAUUCUCUCCGAAACUUGGCGAAACGCAUCGGCUUGGAUCACGACGUCGACGCGCUAGACGAACUCUGCAUUCGUCAGGAUUUUGAAGAUGAGCUGAAGAAGUGGAUCAGCUCGAAGCGUCCGAGAAUGGCCUGGGAACUGAACCUGUCCGACAUCAAGGAGAUGUGGAAGGUGCACGACUUGGCGGACGGCGACACACCCGAAAAGGACGCGGAGCAAUUUAUCGGCCCGGACGGCAGGUUUAUCCAGCCGAGUUCCAACCGCAGCUCGUUGAAGUCCUAUGCCUCGGCCAAGUCGGAGCGCAGUAAAAGCAACUCGCCGAGAAAGCGGCUUUCCAUGAGCAGCGAGCGCUACGAGUGGGUGCACGGGAGGAAGAAACCGAAGCCCGACCUCCACCGUGCUACCAGACGUGAUAGUCAGGAGCCAUCCGAUGCCCUGUUCCGGACACCUGAUUCGCAGGAGGGGAGAUGAGCGCAGCCGUGAAGAAGAACGCUGUGCAUGAGUCUCAUACGUCAAACUUCUAAUUACUUGGUAGACGCAGUACUUACAACUAGAACAACUUCUGCUGGAAAUUGAGAACGAUAGCUGUAUUUGAGUUGUUGCUUAUCUGCCACAAAGUAUGCGCCUACCUCCUACAGGCAUAAGAGAUAGAUAGGCGCAGGUGGCUCGGAGAAGAUCUACGUGUCACUCAGCUGGGUGGGCCUCAGGUGCAGUGACGCAAGAACGAGUAUUAACAUUGGUAUGCUAGCUCGACCGUUUAUUCUUUCGAAAGCAAACCUUUGUGUCGAGUAUCGCCACGCCGAGCAAGAAUUCGCUGUCAGUGAUUGUUGUUUCCGUUUCGCUCGUCAACUUUAACAAACUUGUAACUAAGAAAAUUGAUAUGAGAGUGUCAGCGCCGUUGGUUCUGGAUUUAUAAUGUAUCCCUGGGAUCCGGACUGUUUGGCCUUGAGAUAAAAAGUAUAACCCUUUAUGCCAGUAGGUUUUUGUAUAAUGUAGAACCAGAGAGGUGUUGCUUCGCCACGGAACAUCGAACAACGCGGAGAUGUCAUCGCACAAUAGAUACUAAUCUAUCAACUGAGAAACCGACCCCAGUACCAAAGUCGAACGGGCUCCAAAAUCGAACAGAAUAACAAUACGGACGAGCGCCUCCAGUCAAUAUAUGUGAAUUGAAAUAACACGUGAAACAAAAAAAAAUGCGCUAGUAACACCAGAUGAAUCGACGCAU